AUGGCUGCUACUAAACUGAUGAACUGCACCGGCGACUUCGUGCAUCCACUUGGACUUCACCCACCUUCACCACAAUUCCUGCCAGGCUCCGAACUUCAACCUGAUAGCAUCAGUGACGGCUAUGCGAUGGAGUGCAACCCGACCGAACUCUGGACAGUCGAGAGCAACAUUGACUCUUAUGUUGACGAUCGGUGCCCUACCGAAUGGGAACAUCCACCCUCACUACAGUCACCGCAAUCUCCAGAAUCGUUCGCCUGGUCCCCCAGUGGACUCGUCCCACGACCUAUUGACGCACUCAACAUCACCGACGAGUCCAGAGUCGUGCCGGAAGGCGUGGCAGCCAGAUUCGCGACCAGAGAGCUGAAUGCGUUACGCGAUGACAGCCUGACAGCAUUACCGCGGUCACCAACCGACGAGACCCCAAGGUCCAGUAAGCUCAAGACACUGGACAGUGCUCUGCUGAGGAAGUUGUUCAAAGCAACCAUCGACGAAAAACGUAGAAUCGAUGAAUCCAUGCGACAGAAGUCCCAAGAUGUCAGCGCCAAGGUCACUGCCAAAGCUGGUGUUGAAGCUCGCAGUAGAAGAGUUGUGGAGCAGGGGAGUCCCACCAUGCCGGACGACCAUGAAGUUGUUCGCGGCCUGAUGAAAAGCUUGAGCGGCCGGCUUCCGGGCAUUGCAUCAGAACAACUGCCCCCAGUUUCGGAGACAAAGUCAGAAAGCGCCAAGCAUCGGAGCUCCCAAGAUUCACAACGUUCAUCACCGGGAGGAUAUAGCAGAAGGGGAAGUCUCGACACUGUUAAACUGAGACGAAUUGCUGGAAAGAACGGCAAAGAAGCGUUCGCCGCCAUGCCACGCAGAUUGCCCAGCUUCAGUUCCGUCAAGUCCAGCAACGUCCGCGCCCUGGCCACUACCAAAGAAGAGGUGCAGGUCAAGGUAGUGAGUGAUCGGCUUCAAGACUUGCCUGGCCAUGGCCGCAAAAAGCUCGAAGCUCGUGACGCACGCAUCAAACAGCGAGAUUCAUGCAUCGUCGACCUUCAGAACUUCUUGCGAGAGACGGGCCCUAUCGAAAUCGACUCACCUGUCAUCGAUAAGCCAAAAUCCUCCAAACCGAGUAAGCAGCAGCAGCAGCAGCAGCCAAAGGACAAGAUUGAGAGAAUAAAGAAGACCGCAACUGCAGCUAAAGACAUUUUCCUGUCGCCGCUUGGUCCAAACGUGCAACAAGCGCCAUCUGCUUCACACGACGCGACAGCUCCGCAGGAAAUCUCGAUAUCAAAGCGCAGGGGCGAUUUGGCCCACAUGCAGGCGACCGUCGAGUCGACGACAUCUCAAACCUGUUCUGAUGUGCUCGCUGAGGUGACAGAGGGGCCACGACAAGACAUUGAAAGGGACUGGGCCCAGGUCACUCCACAGAAACAGAACACGUCUACACCGGGACUUCACCGAACAGGUCGAUCUGUCGACCCAACAACCUCGCCAAUCGCUGUCAAGAUGUCCCCGCGACCUGGGUUGCCCAAACUUGCGAUCAAAAUACCUGGUUCUUCGGGUUGGAAAGAGAUCUCGUACACUCAAGAUAUGUCCUCUCCAUCUGCUCGCGCGAAGUCUCCAGCAACGGCCAUAUCCCCCACAAUAUCAAAACAGUCAGUUCCGAACAACGUAAGACAGCAGGAUGCCGACGCACAGUCUGACGAGGAAGAGGAUGACGCCAAGGCUGAAGACGCUCGAUCUGAUGAGGAAUACGGAGAAGGGGAUCAAGUUGAUGAUCGCGAAAUCGAGGCAGUCAAGCCACCGAUGGAGCGCAAAGACUCCAAAACGGCUUCCCUCCACGCUGAGCCUGCUGCGCACAACACCCCAUCUCAGAAAGGUAGUUCUUACUGGUUCAGGGACUACACUUCGCCCAUGUCGAAGGCUUUCGAGUUCCGUCCCGUAGAGGGCACAUCUUCCAACACACCACCACUUCGCACGCCGCAAGCAGCAUCGAAGCAGAUUCAGGGUGUGGUAGAGGGCUGGGUCCAGGAGGCACACGAAAGUCGGAGCUUGAAGCUGGCAGCUGCAAAGCAAGUCUUGCGUGCUCCCCGAUCACCCGUCGUCGUGUCUCGGAGUCGAGGACUGUCAAGACCCUCCACCUCUCGUGGCUUCCGCGAACGCCCAGACGAAUGGAUGUUCUUAGCUCAAAACGCAGGCGCGUCUCCAGCGGGCGCCCUGAAUGACGCAUCUCGCCAUGCUUACAGGCGGAGCCGAUCGGCAGCCUCCAGUCAGAGAUUUACAGCUUUGUCACUUCACACACAGGAGGAAGUUGGGCAGGGAGUAGUGAAUGAAGACGAGCGAAAGAGUACUGCAUGGGCGGCCGCAAGCUCCAGAAGCACCAAAGUGCCGAUCAAGUCGAUGAGUUUCAAGUCUGUCCCUCCUAGUCGAGCUCAAAGUCGCCCUUCCAGCCGAGCUCAGAGUCGCUGUUCCAGUGUGGCACCGCCAAUAUCACCCCAGAAGGGAUGGGCCGGAGCGUCGCAGGGUUGGCAGCCGGCCGAGGAACAGAGUAUGGAUAGCUGGCCUGAGUAUCCAGACCUCGAUCACAUCUCGAAGUUCAGUACUGCAGAGCAAUCACGAAGGCGCCCCUCGCUGCCAUCUACGCAUCGAAGUCAGAAAUUUCAGGGAGCUUCGAUCCAGAGCUUGAACUCCAGAAAGUCGAGCGGGGCUUCUCAUCACUCAUCCACCACAUCGUGUCCUCAGUCAAUUCAUGAAGAAUCGGAGUGCAAUUCUCUAGUUAGCCAACAGCUAGAUGAACCACCGAUGCCCGCGUUGCCGGAGUCCUCGCACCACGUCUUGGCAGAUGAGCCAUCUAAGCAACCAACGACUCGGACAACGGUCUUCGCCGGGAAGGGCUGGAUCUCUCCACACCCUCUGAGCCGGUCGCCAACAGAAGUCGCCUCGUCGCCUCAAUCACGGAUCAUGUUGCCUAGUGAAGCAUUUCCGCACGGAGCUACCAUGACGUUUGAUGAGUGGAAGCAGAUGCAGGAGCAUGGGUUGCGUCUGCAUCACAACCACUCUAUCACGGAGAGUAGUAGGACAUACCAUGGCGUGUAUCAAGACGAGCGUUAUCGCCAUGCAGCGUGGGAAGGCCGUGGAUCUGUGGACGAGGGCAAUCUUGAGCGGGACGGAUCGCAGUCACCUGUGCAUUCCUCGCUGCGAUUCUCCGCCAAGACGCCACAUGCCACAGACAGUAGCAUCAAUGCAGAUAAGCACAGAGGCAGCUCCUUUUCUAAGGCAAACACUCGGCCAUCCGUGAAGGGUUCGUCUCUGUUAGCCCACGGCAAAGAGUUCACCGCGCCAGUAUUGGACGCCCGCAAUGAUGGCGGCGUAUCCUUUGUAACAGGGUCUGCAAAGUUCUCGCGACAUCAGCGCUCGAGUUCAGCUUAGGAGUUUGAACCGACAGCUAGUGAUGGUCCUCGACAGAGUUACAAGAAGGCCGAGAAGAUAGAAAGGAGUGGCCGCAAACUUGAGUCGGAGCACGCCCGGGAGCGCGACUCUCAAUCAAACCCAACAGUCAAACGAGCUGGAUCUCACCAAAAAAGCGAGGAAAGUCGACGUUCUCGUCGGAAUCAAGGCACGGGACACAGUGAGCUUUCGUCCAGGAGCCAUGGCUCGCGACACAUUCACCGCACUGAGCGCAGUAACCACAGUAGGCGCUCGGAUUGCACUUCACGAAGCUCCGAGGCGCAACACAGUCUUCGAUCAGGCGAGAGCAGGAACUCUCGCCGUGGUGCCGAAAUUGAACAGUCGUGGGAUCAGGCGGAGCGAGGCGUAGCGGG